AUGGCGUCGGGUGCCAUUUCAGCGGAUACCAAGAAGAUUGCAGAUUUACGAGUUAUAGAUUUGAAAACCGAGCUAAAGCGAAGAAAUUUGGAUAUUACUGGCGUUAAAAAUGUUCUUAUUGCAAGACUGAAACAGGCAAUCGAAGAGGAAGGCGGCGAUCCAGACAAUAUUGAAAUCCCUCUUGCUGCUGACACGCCUACCAGAAAAAAUGCGAAGCCCAAAGGAAAGAAGAUGGAUUCAGACAAUGAAAACAUGGCUGAGGAAGAAUCCUUCUCCAAGGAAACGGAAGAGGAGGAAUCUGAGAAAGAUGUAACUGAUACAGAUGAUGGUACUCAUCGUGAAAAUUCUAAAGCCCUCACCUGUGAGGACGGUCUGGCUGAGGCCGACGAAGUCACAGGGAUGGAAAGCGAAGCAGCCCCCAGCACUAAAGAAGUCGAUGACGAUAACAUAUCCGUCACUAUCCAGGCUGAAGAUGCCAUCACGUUGGAUGUUGAUGGUGAUGACCUCCUGGACACAGGUAAACAUGUGAAACUUCCAGAUUCAGAGGCUGACAAGGGCUGUGACGAACCGGAGGCCUCCUCCGAGACAACCCAGGAGAUGGACACGAACGCUGAAGUGAAGGAGGGCCACAAGGACGGUAAGAAAGAUGAAGUGGCGAAGGUUGACCCCGGCAAGAAGGAGAGCAGAGAGGCCUUGAAGAAAGCUGAAACGGGAGACAAAGACAAGGAUUCUGGGAAGAAAGGCCCCUCAUCUACUGGGGCAACAGGUCAAGCAAAGAGCUCCUCAAAAGACAAGGAUGGAAAGGCUACAAAAGAUGAGAAAGGAGGCACUAGUGGAAGUACCAGCAGCUCCAGUCGUAACCUGUGGGUGAGCGGCCUGUCGUCCAACACCAAAGCUGCAGACCUAAAGAACCUCUUUGGCAAAUAUGGAAAAGUUUUCAGUGCCAAAGUAGUGACAAAUGCCCGCAGUCCUGGAGCUAGAUGCUAUGGUUUGGUGACCAUGUCCUCCAGUGCAGAGGUGGCAAGAUGUAUCUCUCACCUGGACCGGACAGAACUUCAUGGGCAGCAGAUCUCAGUGGACAGGGUUAAAAGCGACCCUUUCAAGAAAGAGUUUUCAAAGAAAGAAGGUGAAGAGAAAACAAGCUCCAGCAAGACGUCAGGAGAUAAACGCACCCCUACUGGGACAAAGACAACCAGCAAAACACAAGCCUCAUCUAAAAAGGAGGAGAAGAAAUCAGACAAGCCAUCUGAGAAAGACGGCAAAGAGUCUUCCAAAAAACAGGAGUCCAAAAGCGUGAAAUCUGAAGCCCCGACUUCUAGCACAGGUCCUGACGCCUCCAAGAAAGAUGAGAAGAAACAUGGGCGUAAGAGUCCGGGUAAGAUGGUAGUGAUUGACCAUGCUAAAGGAGACUCUGGAUUCAAAGCAAGGCCUCCUUUCCGUAGAGGGAGAUUUGACAAGCCUGGUGUCCCUAAUAUGAUGCAGCGGCGACAAAGAUAUUUUCCUCCAACAGAGGAGAUGGACAUGACAAAGAAAGGGAGGGUUUUCCCAAAUAAAGGAGGCAGUAAAGACAUCCUGCCCUUUGAAAAAAUGAAAGAACAGAGGAUGCGGGAACGCCUCGUCAGGCUGGAACGCAUUCGCAGAGCCAUGGAGCUGCGGAGACGACGCGAGAUAGCGGAGCGUGAGCGGCGGGAACGGGAGCGGAUCCGGUUGCUUCGUGAGCGUGAGGAAAGGGAGAAUCUGCUCCGAGAGAGACAGAGACUAGAGGUGGAACGACAGAAGCUGGAACGGGAGCGUAUGGAGAGAGAGAGACUGGAGAGAGAGAGGAUCCGCAUAGAGCAGGAAAGGCGUAAAGAGGCAGAGCGGCUGGCACGAGAAAGAGAAGAGCUCCGCAGACAACAGGAGCAGCUUCGCUACGAACAGCAGAAGCGAAACAACCUGAAGAGAGGCCGUGACGUAGAUCACAGGAGGGACGGUCCCUAUUGGAACGGCAGCAAAAAGAUGCAGACAGAGUCUGAAGGCCGGAUUACUCAGAGCUCUGACUACAGCCGCCAGCAGAAUCGCUUCAAUGAGUUCAGCCCCAGAGACAGACCUCGCUUUCCUGAGUCGUCGGCAGUGGACGGCAACAACUUUGACAGGCGGAACCGAUUCGAGAACGACGCAGAUGCUAAGAAGGGGCGUCACGAAGGCCCGCGGAGGGAAGGUUCCGGGUUCGACCGAUACCCCAAAGGCUUCGACGCUGUCCGGAGAGCGGAGCCCCCGCCGCCUCCUCGCGCCGAGCUACGUGACACAGACCGGCGAGACAUCAGAGAGCGAGAGGAGCGAAGACCUGUGCCCAUGCCUGACCGGCCCACGGGGGGCAGAGCGCCCCCUCCUGCCCUGUCACACAGCCGAUCGCCCAGAGAAACUGGCCACGCCGGCUGGAAGAAUGACAGCGGCAUGAACACCAGCAAGGGAGACGUCAGGGGAGCUGUGCGGAUGCGUCCAGAGCAGAGGGGCAGAGAUGGUCCUGGACCGGCCAUGAGAGGAGCUCCCACGACCAGCCGUGGCAGGUCCAGUUUCAGUGGCACAGAUGGAGGCAGACCCAUGGUUAUGGGAGAACAACAUUUUGGUACGGGUCGGCAGGUCGUGGUGGAGCGCCACGGCCGUGACCAGGGGCCCAGGAAAGACUGGCAUGGAGGGGCGGGGUCUCAGGGCGGAGCCUUUCCUGACAACCGGCGAAUGGGAGAGAGCCGAGGGAGCAUGAUGGCUCCUCACUCCAGCAGCCAUUCAUCAUCUGGGAUGAACAGAAUCGUGCAGAUAACCAACACACCCAUGUCUGGAGGCAGCGUAGGGGGAUUCAAACCCUUUAAAGGCGGCCCGCGAAGGUUCUAGCAACUUCAUCAGCUUUUCCAGCAGAAAAGACCUUUUUAUAACUUAAUUUUUUUUUUUUUUUUUUUU